CGUUGACAAGUAACAACUUGUUUGAAAUAACGAGCGCUUACGAAUUUGCGAGACUUGGGUGUAGGCAAACAGAGGUUGUCAACUGCAUUUCACAAAAUAUUGGAAUUGGGGGAUUAAAAUGGUAAAAUUAAAGAUUCGAACGGGUCCUCCUCCUCCGGCGCCGCCGGAAGAGCCGAAACCACAAAUUCCAGCGAGUGGAGUUCCAACGGCAAUUCCAAAAAUCAAAAUUAAAGCGCGAGAGCCCAAAGGCCCGCGAUUAACAAAAAUUCGUUUAAAACGUGUUCGCGAACCAGGUUUGGGUUAUGAUUCAGAAGCAUCGGAUCGAGAAGAAGACCCUUACAUUGAAGAGCAAAUCAUUCUUCGAAUGAUGCCAGGCGAAGAUUGUGAAUAUGUACGAAAGGCUAUAGAAAAUCGCGAAAUAGGGAAAGGAGCUGAUGUGUGGGUUAAGUUUAAAGAUCAACGACGUGCUGUUGUUCAUGUCAACGGACACUUGUAUGGAGCUAAAUUAGUAGAUUUGCCUUGCAUUAUAGAAUCAAACAAGUCUUUCGACAAAAAAGUGAUCUUCAAAGCAGCGGAUGUCUGUCAGAUGCUUUUAGUCACAGGUCGCAUAGACCAUGAAAAUGAUGUACUGAGUACCCAUUUAAAACAAUCCGACUAUGUAUAUCCUCACGGUCUUACAACUCCAAUGCAUUGGGUUCGUCAAAAACGAUUCCGUAAACGCGUUUCCAAUCGUACAAUAGAAGCUGUCGAAAAUGAAGUAGAUAGACUGCUGACAAUGGACGAAAGAGCCGUUAGCACAUCAAGUGAACUUGUUGACAGCUCUGUGUUAGCUAGAGAUUCUAGUGUUGCAUUAUCAGAGGAUAUUUCAUUUGACACAAUGCAAUCAGCCGGUGUCGGUGUAGGUGACCAAGACCAGCGGAUAUCUGGUGACAUGUUUGAUGGAAUGGACGAAGAUGAUUUGGCUGGUCAAAUCGAACAAGGAAUGCUUGAGCUUAGCCAGGAUACAAGAGAGUCGACCGCAGAGCCACAACUUGCUGGAGAGGAAUCAGUUAGCGAUGAGGAGGACGAAGACGAGGAAGAGGAAGAAGAUAAUGAAGCUGAUGACGAAACACGCGAAAGCAAGCGACAAACAAGAUUGGUGCGUGAAUUCAUUUCCGAAUUGGAGACUUCUAUUCAAAAACGUAAAAAAGAUGCGGAAGAGGCCACGAAUCCCAUUUUACGGAAUCGUUUUCUUGCCGAUGUCAAUCGCAUGGUGACGGAGUUAGAAUUGAAGCGCACCCAAUUAGUUGAAAACGAUGAGCAAAAUGAAUAAUUUUGCUAUGAAACUCUUGUUUUUACUCAAAAGUUUCUUUUCGUCUCUUCUCUCCUUUUAAAAGAUGUGCGUAUCGUGUAUGUUAAUGAACUUAUUUUGAUGAUUAACACUAUGUACUAUAUCCUAUGGAAACAUAUAAUAAGGAAAAAAAGAAAGAAGAAAAUAUUAGAGAUAUUAUUAAAAUAGCUCGAACAAAUAUGAAGAUAGUUUAACUAUUCUUUGAAUGGUUGGAAACAAAACUUCGUUUAAGAAUUCCUGUUAAAGCAUUCCAUAUUGAAAAUACAAUUAAGUUUAAACAUGUAAUCGAAUUUUCAUACAUAUGUUUAUAUUAACAUUUGUUGUCUUUUCGACUUACUACUCUCAUCACCGUUCGUUUUCCUGAAUCAUAAACAAACUACUAAAAUCCAGACCC